UGUCCUGCCCUCUAUCAUACACUCCACCGCCACUGGACUUCACCAGUCCACGUAUACAGAGGACUAGAAAGAGAGAGGACUAGAAAGAGAGACAAACUAACAGUGAAACGGAGGAGUUGAGAGGGAAGAGGGCCGCGAAGCAAAGAGAAACGCAGGCCACACGCGACCGAUCCCUCGAUCUCCAACACCCUCGAUUCCUUUAUGGUCUCCAUUAACGCCAAGCCGGCCGACGGUGGAAAUGGUGGAGGAGCGGCGGUGCUCUUCUUCUCCGACCCUCAUCACCACCACCAGCCGCCCAGCGGCCCACCCAUGGCUCUCUCUGGCAUCGCCGGCGGCGGCGCCCUCCCUGCUCCCGCCGCCACCGCCGCCGCCUCGUCCUCGUCCGACGACCCCAGCAAGAAGAUCCGGAAGCCGUAUACUAUCACCAAGUCCAGGGAGAGCUGGACGGAGCAGGAGCACGACAAGUUUCUCGAGGCUCUCCAGCUUUUUGAUCGUGACUGGAAAAAGAUAGAAGCAUUUGUGGGCUCAAAGACAGUCAUUCAGAUAAGGAGCCAUGCACAGAAAUACUUUCUGAAGGUUCAAAAGAAUGGAACAACUGAACAUGUACCACCCCCUCGACCCAAGCGGAAAGCAGCUCAUCCAUAUCCACAGAAAGCAUCUAAAAAUGCUCCUCUGCUACCUCAAGUGACAGCUUCACUUCAAACUCCAUCACUGCUUGAACCAGGGUAUGCUCUCCCAGCAGAUACAUCUAUGCUGCAGAACUCUACCACCAGUGCAACUGUGUCUUCGUGGGCUCACAGUUCUGUUCAGCCUGUUAGUGCAACUCAUGCAAUAAAAGAUGAUAUAGGGCCUACUGGAGCUGUUGUGGCAAAUAACUGCUCUUGUAGCAGCACUGAGAGCCCAUCUAUAACUUGGGCAACUUGUGAAACAACUGAUCAUGAAAACCAUGUCCCAUCCCUUCAUGUUAUGCCAGACUUUGCUCAGGUGUACAGCUUUCUUGGCAGUGUUUUUGACCCGAAUACAAGUGGUCAUCUGCAGAAACUGAAAGAGAUGGAUCCAAUUGAUGUUGAAACAGCAUUGUUGCUGAUGAAGAAUCUAUCCAUUAAUUUGACUAGCCCUGAAUUUGAGCCCCAUAGAAAGUUACUCUCAUCAAACAGUGCUGACACAGAGGAUGUUAAACCUGGUGGUGCUCCCAAGUCUCUCCAAGUUAGUGAAAGUAUGAAUGCUUCAUUCAUGGUGAAAGGUGAAUGAAAGGCAUUCAAGCUUCUUUGGCUGUAAUUUAUUCAGUUUGCAGUGUCUCCAAGUUGUAUAAAAUGCACUCGAGGCAGUGAGGAUUAGCCUACUACACCAUUAAGUGGGGAUUUUCUCCAUUUUCUACUGUCAGCCUUCUCAGAACACAAGCCUUGUGAGGUCUAGAAUAAUGUUUGUGGUAAGAUCUUCUUGACAAUCGGAUAUGAGAUAAUUCUUGUACAGGUCCCUGACAUUUUCUGUUCUCAGGGUUUUUGACUUGUACAUAUCAGUUUUGAGAUCUUUGUAAAUUUCUGGGAGUUCGCAGCAGAAUAGAGGAUGAGUGCUGCUGAGCCGCUCUAUCUAUAUUUUGGGUCAGUGUCCUAUGUAGAUUGCCUGAUGCAGUACCUUCUUAAAGUUUUUAUAAAAUAUAUAAGAAGGGUGAGUUACUUUUGAAUAA